UCAUCCGUGCACAACGCUAGCAAUGUUUUAGAUAAGACGAAAUAAUUUAAUCAACUGGUUACAACAAAGUAAAAAGUGUCGAAUUGUAAUCAGAACAGUUACAAACAACAAAAGCUUGGAAAACUACAAACGUUUAACCUUGAUCUAUAUAGUUCAUUACAAUCGUAAGCAAAUAAGUCAUUAAUCAAACCAAACAACGCUUAAACUGUUAAAUCAAUCUUCGUCUUUGUAGAAUACAGACCAUAACCUAGAAGAAUCAUUAAAAAUGGCAUAUUUUAAAUGGUACAGAUAUUGCAGCAAUACAUAUCCUAUAAGGACCAACCUCAUUCAAACAGGUCUUUUGUUUGGUAUUGGCGAUUUAAUGGCUCAAAGUGCAGUUGAAAAGUGUAAACCUGAUGAAAUUGAUUGGUUACGUACUGUUCGUUAUGCAUCUAUUGGGUGUGCGAUUGGUCCAACACUUAGCAUGUGGUACAAGACUUUGGAUAGAUUAGGAACUAAAAACACAAUACCAAUUGUGACUAAAAAAAUAUUAGUCGACCAACUGAUUGCAUCGCCAAUUAUUAGUGGAUCUAUAAUGGUUAUGAGUAGAGUGUUUAGUGGUGAUGAAUGGCCACAAAUACAAAAUAAAAUAGAAAACAACUAUGUGAAAGUUAUGCUUACAAGUUAUUUGAUUUGGCCAGCUGUACAAGUAUUCAAUUUCACUAUUGUUCCACAACAAUACAGGGUUUUAACAGUACAAAUAGUGUCAUUAGCUUGGAAUACAUACCUUUCAUACAUGAGUGUCGGUGGUGAAAAAUCAAAAUAAUCAUAAUAUUUUUAAUAAAAUAUUAAUGUAUUUAGGCAAGUGUAGUUUUUU